GCCACGCCCACUCAGCGCUUGGCCACGCCCCCCCCGGAGCGCGGGAGCGGCGCGGGUCCCGCAGUCCGCAGCACCAUGCGGCUGUCGGCGCUGCUGAGCGCGGCACGGCCGCGGCUGCCCCCGGGGUACCGGCACGGGCUGUGGCCCCCCGACUCCACGGCAGCCCGGCUCCGCAAUCCCCCGGGGCAGCGCCGCCGCAAGGUCUUUGUGGAACCCAUCGCCAAGGACGACUGGAAGGUGUUUAAGGGUGACACGGUGCAGGUGCUGGCCGGGAAGGAUGCGGGGAAGCAGGGGAUGGUCACCCAGGUGGUGCAAGCCCGCAACUGGGUGGUGGUGGAAGGACUGAACACGCACUAUCGCUACAUCAACCGCACAGCCAAGUACUCCGGGACCUACAUCAGCAGUGAGGCACCGCUGCUGCUCAGCCAGAUCUGCCUGGUGGACCCCGAGGACCGGAAGCCGACAGAGGUGGAGUGGCGCUACACGGAGGAGGGCGAGCGCGUCCGUGUGUCUCUGCGCAGCGGCCGCAUCCUGCCCGUGCCCCCCCAGCCUCGCCAGGACGGCGUCAUCCCCGAGCAGUGGGUGGAUGGCCCCAAGGACACGUCGCAGGAGGAUGCGCUGGCCAAGACGUACCGGCCAUCCCUGAAGACCUUUGAAGAGGAGAUCAUGGAUGCCAUGGGGAUCGUGGAGACACGCCGGGCCAAGAAAUCCUACUGGUAUUAACUGGGGGAGCUGGAAGCCCCCACAAGCCGGGCUCUGCAAUAAACACCUCCCUUGAUUUUC